CAUACGAUCUUUGGCGGUGACGUCACAGCGGGACGGGACGGGGCGGGCGGCGCGAACUGGCGCCGGGAGAUUCGAUCCCUGACCACGGUCCUGACUCCUGGCAGCACCCCCGUAAACAGCACCUCAACCAGACCGGUUUGAUUCGCGUAUUUGCCGUGGAGUCAUGUUGUUCCCUUGUGUGGUUCCGCGGAGCGGGACCGGCAGCCGUUGAACCUUCACCUCCACACAGAUGGAGGCCAUGGAGGUAGACUCCCCUGGGCAUCUGCAGGGGGGUGGGGACAGACAGCCAGAGGUUGCAGCUGCAGCGGCGGACGCCAACGCGCCGCACGUCAUCUCGGACUCCGGCAGCAGCACCGAGGUGGACGAGGACGACGAGGACGACAACGAAAGAGGGCAGACGGCAGCCCGCGUGCCCCCCAGGCUUCCUGCCACCUGGGCGUUCAGUCAGAGGGCGGUGAGCGGCUCUGCGGCUACGCCGUCUGCCGCUCACGGCGCACCGAUCCGCAGGAGACUCAGGCAGGGCCUCCGGGUGCACUACCCCAGCCAGACCGCGGCGCCCUCCAGAGGCUUUCCCGACUUCCUGCUCCGAGCGCCGGCUGCCAGCGUGGCUCAGCCAGAGUCCGGCAGCACCACCGAGGUCAGCGAGUCUGACGAGGAGGAGGGUGAGGAAGGGGUCAACGGAGAAGCCUCGGCUGCUGCUCCGGAGCCCGUCGUCCCGGUGCCGCCUGCGAGUCCUCGCCUCCACGCGUCCGUCCAACACGUACAACCACAGGAUGCUGGUCCAACCAACUCCAGUUCAGCUGCAGAUGGUGAAAGGACAGAAAUGUCCAAUCAGAACGUCCAGCCGGCCCCUGUGGCCUCGGCUUCUGCCAAGCCGUCGCAGGCCGAAGAGGGCGAAGGCGACAUCUGCUCCAUCUGCUUCGAGGCGUGGACGACGGCGGGCGAGCACCGACUGUCGGCGCUGCGCUGCGGACACCUCUUCGGCUUCACCUGCAUCCAGCGCUGGCUGAAGGCUCAGGGCCCGGCCGCCAAGUGUCCACAGUGCAACAAGAAAGCGAAGCGUUCAGACAUCGUUCUGCUGUACGCUCCGAAGCUGAGAGCGCUCGACAACUCCGAGCAGGAGAGCUUAAAGAAGUCUCUGGAGCAGGAACAGUCUCUGAGGAGGAAGGCUGAACUGGAAUCAGCUCAGUACAAACUGAAGCUGCAGGUUGUCACCAACAAAUACGGACAAGCACAACAAGAGCUGCAGGAGCUGAGGGCUCUGAUGGCUCAGGCUGGCCGAAGCUCAGUGCCGUCCUCAUCCUCGUCUACCUCCUCUGCGUCCACCUCGCUCCUCCUCGGCCUGUGCCAGAGGGCGGACGGCUCCAGGACGGCCCAGUACAGUUUCUCCAAAGCGGUGCUGGUGUCCCAGGCUGGAAGCUGCAGGGUUUUAUCCUACUGCGAACCUCUGAGCUGCCUGCUGGCCUCGCAGCCGUCCCCGCACUCCACCCUGGUGCCUGGUUGCGGGGUGAAGAAGGUGAGUGUGGUCAACAUGAAGGCGAGUCAGUACGUUCCCAUCCACAGUAAACAGAUCCGAGGUUUGUCCUUCAACAGACAGAACGACAGUCUGCUGCUGUCUGCCGCUCUGGACAACACCAUCAAACUCACCAGUCUGCUGACCAACACGGUGGUUCAGACCUAUAACGCAGGUAAACCCGUGUGGAGCUGCUGCUGGUGUUUAGACAACAGCAACUACGUCUACGCAGGUCUGAGCAACGGCUCGGUGCUCAUCUACGACACCAGAGACACCAGCACGCACGUCCAGGAGCUGCAGCCGCUCCGCUCCAGGUGUCCGGUGGCGUCUCUGUGCUACGUCCCGCGGGCGGCGUCCAGCUCCUUCCCUUGUGGCGGUCUGAUCGCGGGCUCUCUGGAGGGCGGCUGUUUCUGGGAGCAGGUCAACGAGACCACAUACAGACCGCAUGUCCUGCCGCUGGAGACCGCCGGCUGCACCGACAUCCAGGUGGAGACAGAGAGCCGACACUGCCUGGUCACCUACAGGCCAGGCCGCUCCAACCCGUCCCUGCGCUGCGUCCUGAUGGCGCUGAACAGGACGCCUCAGCAGGACUCCAGUCAGCUGCCCAGCUGCUCCUGCGCUCCGGUGCAGACGUUCAGCGCCGGCUCGUCCUGCAAGCUGCUCACCAAGAACGCCGUUUUCAAGAGGCCGGACGGAGGCGGGACGCUGGUCUGCGCCGGGGACGAGGCCUCCAACUCCACCAUGGUGUGGGACGCCGGCAGCGGCUCUCUGCUCCAGAAGCUUCCGGCCGACCUCCCGGUGUUGGACAUCAGCCCGUUCUCGGUGAACGGCGAGCACUUCCUGGCCUCGCUCACCGAGAAGAUGCUGAAGCUCUACAGGUGGGAGUGAACGGGACGGACUUCACAAACUUUGGAAAUACACAAAAAACAACAAACACACACACUCAGUCCCAGAGGGCGAGGAGAUGACGCAACUGUGUGCAACUGUGGGAAAAAUCUAAAAGCUGCUCAACUUUUAUCUGUUUACACGCGCAAAAAAAACCAAACCUGGACCAACCCGAGGAAACGUUUAUGGUUUAUUCUUCUUUA